AUGAGUACAUUUCUUCAAGAAGUGGCGCAUAUGCAUCGAACAGGCGGUGAGUACUUAAACCGGAGGAAAUAUGCUAUAGGAACCAAAGUACUUCUACGCCUACACGAUCCGGAGCUUUCGGAGCUAUUUUUGGGUUCGAAAACAGAGCUCACCUUGCUGGAAGCAGAUGCUACAAUCUUGGGACUGUACACUACUCAUAGCGAUAGAUCAAGGAAAGCAGCUUCUCUAACUGAUAUCGAAAAUGAA